AUAUUUUUUUUAUAUGCUUGGCUCUCUGACCAUAUUAUCUUUGUGGUAUGCUUUUGAUUGGAUUUAUUAUUAGGAGAUAACUAAUACAUUGUUGCAACCAAUACAAUGUAAUUAAUUGUAUAAUAGGUAUGCACUGAAUCGGAUAUUGAUUUUUUAUGUCUAUUUUACUUUGCAUUAAUUCUUUUGUAACCAAACACAGCCUAGAGGUUAUUUAAACUUGGUCAGACAAAUUUCAUAACAGAAAAGAUUUAGUUGUCGGCAAGAAAAUGAUUGUGUUUUACGCAGUAAUUUUGUGGCUUACGAGAGUCGUUUGUGCUUAUCAUGAUUACGUGAAUAAUACAUUGGAACCUGCUGCACGCCAAUUGCUAGAUUUUAAACUGGAGCAAGCCAAACCUAUUGGAAUUUUAACCACAAUGGCUGGAAAACCAGUGGAUAUAAGAGAGACAACUACUUUGAAUAAUGAUGCUCCCACCUCAAAUGAAUAUUUUUUGGACGAUGUAAUGCAUACCACUGCCGAGAGAAUACCCGAAAGAGCAGUACAUGCUAAAGGAACAGGCGCAUUUGGUUAUUUUGAAGUAACUCAUGAUGUAUCUAAAUAUACAAAAGCAGAUGUCUUUAACGGUAUUGGUAAAAAAACUCCUGUUGCCGUUCGAUUGUCGACCGGGACAGCGAGUAAAGGAGGAAACGAUAUUGCCAGAGAGGUAAAAGGUUUCACCAUAAAAUUUUAUACAAAUGAAGGAAAUUUGGAUUUUUUAGGAUUGAAUAUUCCAAUUUAUUUCUACACAGAUCCUUCAUUAUUUAGUCCACUUCUUCAUGUUUUAAAAAAAAAUCCACGUACAAAUUUAAAUGAUAUAACAGCAUUAUGGGAUCUCGUAACAUUGAAACCCAUUCUUUUACAUGGAUUAUUUUGGCGCUACUCAGACUAUGGAUCUCCAAAUGGAUACAGGAAGAUGGAUGGAUUUCCAAUACAUACAUAUGAAUUGAAUAACAAGCAUGGAGACAGAUAUUUUGCUAAAUUCAAUUUUAGGACUGAACAAGGUUUGGAAAAUCUGACAACAGCCGAAGUAGCAGCAAUAACUAGUCAAGAUCUCGACUACGCUACAAGAGAUCUGUACAAUAAUAUUGCCUUAAAAAAUUAUCCAUCGUGGCGAAUAGAAAUGGACGUUAUGACAUCACAUGAUAUUACCAAUGUUGAUUACAAUCCCUUUGAUGUGACGAGAUUAUGGAAAAAUGGCACUUAUCACACAGUACAAAUAGGUCGGUUAGUACUUGACAGGAACCCUGAUAACUUUUUUGAAGCUGUAGAAUUAAGUGCAUAUAAUCCUGGCAGUUUAGUUCCUGGCAUUAACAGUCCUCCAGAUGCAAUUUUCAAAAGUAGAAGACUAAUAUACAGGGAUACACAAAAUUAUCGGUUAGGCAUUAACCAUAACAGAAUCAAUGUAAACGCACCGAAAUAUCUUAAGACAUAUAACCGUGAUGGAGUACCACCAGUGAACGAUAAUAUGAAAGACGUACCGAAUUAUUAUCCAAAUUCAUUCAGUGGUCCUGUGCCUUUUGUUGACGAGUCCCGUCCUAACGAACGAAUCAUUGUAUUUGAAAGUAAUGCAGUUGAUUUGGAGUCUCCUUCUAAUUUCUAUAAAUACAUUUUGAGUGAUGAAGGUCAUAAACAAAGAUUUAUUGAUAACAUUGUCUCGUCACUUAUCCCGGUGGUUCCGGAAGUUCGAGAAAAAGCUCUGAAACUCCUUACGCUUGUAGACUUGGAAUUAGGUAUAAGAGUUCGUGCAGGAGUAACAGCAGCUAGAGCAAGAGUAAGAGAUGAAUCUUUGUUGACAAUUCAUCAUUAGAUAUUACAAAGUUUUCCUACUCCUUAGUGUAUCUAGAAUAUACUAAUAUCAUUCUGUAGGAUAUGCAUGUUAUAAUUCCCCAUUUAUCAGAAUGUUUACCUAUGCUUGUAAACUUGAAAUUAGAUGCAAGUAUUCAUAUAGGUUUAAUUGUAGCAAGCACUGCGGAUUAGGCUAAGAUGACCAUUUAUCUUCAUAUAACCCAAAACCCACAGUAUAAAACAUUUGCCUAUUAAUGCUAAUAUAAAAUACAGAUAUAAGUUUGUAUCUAUCUACCCGUGCGAAACCGGGUUGGACCACUAUUUGUAAAAUAAAAAGAACCUAUCAGACAGUCCCGGAGUUUAUCUAUGUAGUAACUAUACAUUUUUAUAUUCUAUUUUAUGCGGAUAAAGCCGCGGACGAGUCUAAACGGCUGAAGAAAUUUGAAUGGAAUACAGCUAAUAUAAUAAAACGCGUGAGCAAAGUCGCGAACUACAAUUUGUUUAUGAUUUUACUUAAGCACGUAAGAUAAUAUCAUUCAUCAACAGUGUCUUGCAUUAUCCCAUUCAUUAUAAUUCGGCACAGUGUCUUCUUUAUCUAGCCAUCUCAUUAGCCGUCAUACCCAAACUUAAUACUCUUUUAGACAAUCCAUCCACCUUUCCUUUAGUCAUCGCCUUCCUUUACAUUC